AUGAAAGAAGACACCAGCACUCCGAAGACCGAGAUGGAAGCCAAAGUCGGCGCAGACGAUCAGUCUCUCGCAAUGGGGGACGCUGAAGCUUGCGCAAACUACACUCCGGAGCAGGAGAGUCCGAUCAAGAAGAAGAUUGACAUGUACCUGCUUCCGAUGUUGGCUAUUAUGUAUCUCGUUUCUUACUUGGAUCGUUCCAACAUGGGAAAUGCCGCCAUCAUUGGUCUCAAGGAAGACCUCAAAUUGACCGCCGAGCAGUACAAUCUCUGCUUGACCAUCUUUUUCAUCCCUUACUCGCUCUUCGAGAUCCCAUCCAAUUUGAUGUUGAAGGUGCUGAAACCGUCCAAAUGGAUCGGUAUCAUGAUGCUCACUUGGGGAACUAUUGCAACGCUUAUGGGUCUCGUCAAGGGAUUCCCUGGACUAAUGGCAGCACGGUUCUUCUUGGCUAUUGGCGAGGCUGGUUUCUUCCCGGCUGCCAGUUAUAUCCUCACCAUGUGGUAUCGUCGCCAUGAAAUUCAACUUCGUGCAGGUGUCUUCUAUUCCGCCGGUGCUUUUUCUGGCGCUGUCUCUGGACUUCUCGCGUACCUGAUCAACAAGAUGAGUGGUGUGGCGGGUCUUGAGGGCUGGCGAUGGGUCUUCAUUCUUGAAGGCAUGUUGACCGUAGUGAUCGCCUUGUUCGCCUUUUUUGUUCUACCCGACGACCCUGCUUCGUGUAAGUUCCUCACCGAAGAGGAGAAGGCAAUUGUAGCACACAGACUCCGACACGAUACCGGUACAACCCAGGGUUCAUACGAUGCGAAUGAAAAAUUUCAAUGGAAAUUUGUUUGGUCUGCGUUGUCAGACUACAAGGUCUGGGCUGUUGUUGUCGCCUACUGGGGCAGUGCUAUUCCGAUCUAUGGAUUCAUCUACACCCUCCCUACUGUCCUGAAGGAGCUUGGAUAUACCGCUGAGAUUGCGCAACUUAUGACCAUGCCCAUCUACGCCGCCGCUGUCGUUGCCCUACUUUUGACGGCUUUCUUAUCCGAUAGAGCAGGGGAUCGAUCUCUCUUUGUGAUCGUGCCACUGAUGAUCGGAGGAGCAGGUCUUAUUGGACUAUUAGCCAUUCCAAAGAAGGGCGUCGCACCUGGCGCUCUUUAUGCCAUGCUUUUCCUCGUUGCCAUGGGCUUGUACUCAAUUGUUUGCGGGACUGUCGCCUGGACAGCCAACAACCUUGCUGGUCCGUGGAAGCGAUCCGUAGGAAUGGCCCUGAUGAUUUCAGUGGGCAACUUGGGCGGCGCCGUCGGAACCAAUAUCUAUCUCACGCGGGAGGCACCGUACUACUGGACGGGCUACGGUACAUCCCUGGGCGUCAUUGUGCUUUCGCUGGGCGCGACGAUGUUCCUUCGCUUCAAGUUCAAGCAGAUCAAUGCUAAGAGGGAUGCCAUGACGGUUGAUGAGGUUCAUGCGAAGUAUACCGAGGAUGAGUUGAGGGACAUGGGCGAUGAGAGUCCUUUCUUCAGAUAUACUAUCUAG